AUGGUCCUACAGAUUGACAGUCCUACCCCGAAGAGGACAGCAUGCUGCAAGGAGUCAGUGAAGUCCUCCGCAUCCUAUCUAUGGGACGUUUACUCUUCAGCAAAGCCCAUGGGCCGACACCUAUGGACCCUGUUGUCUCUUUGUCUUGUUCUGUCUGUCUUCACUGGCACACUCCUCCAUCACUGGCUGUCCAGAACGCUACAAUAUGACAACUCUGCAUCUCUCCACACGGCGCUGGUAUACGGCACAGCCAUGUGGCUGGCCUCGUUCCUGUGUCACCCACUGCGCUGUGUAUUGACCAUGACCCUCCCCACCGUUUGCACCAAACAGGGCCGCAAGCUCCUCAUCUCUGCGUCGGUCAUGAUUCUGAUGUUGAAUGUCAUCCCGAACAUCAGCCUGAAUGUGGGCGCAGUUGUUCGUACCUUGAAGUGCACGGCUGAAGGCUUCUCGAAAACCUUGUUGAACUCUUCGGGGCUCUUGAAUACAGCAAGGCAAGAAAUUGUGGAGGAAGCUAUUAAAGUGAGGAAGGAGGACCUGAGUAUUGUCACCAAUUUAAGGAAGUUGGAUCAUUUCACAAAAGUGGAUGUGUCGGAAGUGAAGAGCAGGUUUGCUCAGAUGAUUGGGCAAAUAGAAAUCAACUUUUCCCUUAUGAGGGACACGUUAACACAAUACAAGCUUCUGUCCAACAGAAUUCUUGCUGCUGUGUUUGUUGCUUUGCUGGUUUUUGAAUCGGCCCGCUACCUCAAAUCUUAUCUGACGUCAGUUAAAUUUGACAACUACGCCAUCUCCAAACAGUUGUGGCCAAAUGAAACUCACGUCAACAGCCGAAGUUCUGCAAUUUUGUUCAGAAGAUGUCAGAUCUUCUGUGGGGAAUGCACCCCGAGUGUCAUAUCACUGCUAGUGGUGACAUUAUAUUUCACCGCAAUAGCUUUAAUAGCAGCUUUGGACUAUGUUGUGUAUCAUGUAGUUCAAGCCAUCCUGCCGUGGCUGCUGGAUUUUCCACCCAUGUCUGCAAGCAUCAACGUCAGUUAUAAGGUGCAGUGGUUUUCACCAGCAUUGUGCAUCAUUCCCCAAUCCUGCAUAACACGGCAGUUGACAGACUUCCACAAAGAAUACAAGUGGAACUUCAGCCCUGAAUCGUCACUGUGUGAUGCUGCAACUUCAGCUCCCAGCGUGGGAGUAAGCAUGUUGCUGGGAUGUCUGUGGCUGAUGAGCUACCUCCUGGUGUUCCUUGAGGGGUACGCCACGCGACUACGAAGGAACAUAUGCGCAUCCUUUUAUAAAAAGCAAGAAGAGAGGCGGGCUGCUUACUGCAUGGCUAAAGGCUGUGCCAGAAAGGAGCCAGAAGAAAGCGUUUUGGUUAUCUGCAGGUGA